UGCUCUUCCUAACUACGGCUGGCUUACCGAAUCUCAAUUUUAGCAUCGCCAUUACCAGUUAUAACUCACGAUCCGUGAUCAUUUGGCUUGGCGAUGGCGGCAGCUCGGAGAAUCUCAUCUCUUGUUUCACGCUCCCUUCCUUUGCUUCGCGGAGGAAAGCAAAUUAAUGGAGGUAGAGGAGUGUACCGGUACAGUACUGCUGCAGCUCAUGAGAAUCCAAUCAAGCCUCCUGUUAGUGUUCAAUAUGAUCAGCUUCUCAUUGAUGGAAAAUUUGUUGAUGCGGCAUCAGGGAAAACUUUCCCGACUUUGGACCCGAGGACUGGGGAGGUGAUUGCACAUGUUGCAGAAGGUGACGCGGAAGAUGUAAAUCGAGCAGUAUCUGCUGCACGCAAGGCUUUUGAUGAAGGGCCAUGGCCAAGGAUGACGGCUUAUGGGAGACAGAAGAUAUUGUUACGUUUUGCUGAUUUGGUCGAAAAGCAUAAUGAUGAAAUCGCAGCACUUGAGACCUGGGAUAAUGGGAAGCCAUUCGAACAGUCUGCUCAAACAGAAGUACCAAUGUUUGCCAGAUUAUUUCGGUAUUAUGCUGGCUGGACAGAUAAGAUUCACGGCCUCACAGUUCCAGCGGAUGGACCUCAUCAUGUUCAAACUUUGCACGAACCAAUUGGUGUUGCUGGCCAGAUUAUCCCGUGGAACUUCCCUCUCCUGAUGUUUGCUUGGAAAGUUGGACCUGCACUGGCCUGUGGCAACACUGUUGUUCUAAAAACAGCAGAGCAGACACCAUUGUCUGCAUUACUUGUGUCCAAGCUAUUGCAUGAGGCUGGUCUUCCUGAUGGAGUUCUGAAUAUUGUUUCUGGAUUUGGUCCUACAGCUGGUGCUGCUCUUUGCAGCCACAUGGAUGUGGACAAGAUUGCUUUCACUGGUUCAACAGAUACGGGAAGAAUUGUUCUUGAGUUGGCUGCCAAAAGCAAUCUUAAGCCAGUUACUCUGGAACUUGGAGGUAAAUCUCCUUUUAUUGUUUGCGAGGAUGCUGAUGUAGAUCAAGCUGUUGAGCUAGCACACGCUGCUCUAUUUUUCAACCAGGGACAAUGCUGCUGUGCUGGAUCUAGGACUUACGUGCAUGAAAAGGUUUAUGAUGAGUUUGUAGAGAAAGCAAAAGCACGGGCCCUGAAGCGUACUGUUGGGGAUCCAUUCAAGGCAGGCAUAGAGCAAGGCCCUCAGAUCGAUGGGGAACAAUUUGAGAAGAUCCUCAAGUAUAUCAGAAUUGGACAGGAUGCUGGGGCAUCCCUUGAAACUGGAGGUGAUAGACACGGUACACAGGGAUAUUACAUUCAGCCAACUGUUUUCUCCAAUGUUAAGGAUGAUAUGCCGAUUGCAAGGGAGGAGAUCUUCGGACCUGUGCAAACAAUUCUGAAGUUUAAGGACCUCGAUGAAGUGAUCCAGAGGGCUAACAAUAGCAUAUACGGUCUUGCUGCAGGAGUGUUCACUCAUAACCUUGACACUGCAAAUACCUUGAUGAGAGCAUUGAAAGUCGGGACAGUGUGGAUUAACUGCUUCGACACCUUUGAUGCUACGAUUCCGUUUGGCGGAUACAAGAUGAGUGGAAUCGGACGGGAAAAGGGAGAAUAUGGUCUCAAGAAUUACUUGCAAGUGAAAGCAGUUGUUACCCCUAUCAAGAACCCAGCAUGGCUGUGAGCUCUCUGAAUCAUAGAUUCAUAAGUUAAUGUUGCAACUCUAUGAAUUUGAUUUGAUGACUAUAGACUUUGAAAUUUGUCUUAGCUUGAAUGCUCGACAUUUGUAUACCAGUAAGGAAUAAACAUCAUCAGUCAUCAGUUGUAUUGCAAAUCUAAGUCGUCUACGUAUUCUGGUGAAAGAAAAUGUGUGUUGUCUAUGAUUACAUAUGAAUGAAGAUAUGAUUAAGUUUAUUUGCA